AGCAAAUUUCUUUUGAUAAAGAUUAGGCAUCUUCAAUAACUUCCCAUCCAUCUUUCACUCUCUCCAUUUCUUUUACACCAAUGUUACAUUAAAAACAUACAAAAAGAAAACACAAGGCCAUCAAAUUAUAUGAUUGCUAGCUGUUUUUUAUUAAGAACUACUCUAUAGUCUAUACUACCAAUUUACAAGUCUUUGUUUGUGUACCAUGUGAAUUGAACUGAAAAUUAAUUGAAGCCCUGAUCGUUAUUUAAGUUUUUCUUACUUCCAACCUUUUAUGGCGCCCAAUUAUACCCUUUAUAAUCAUCUGGUUUAGAAGGAAAUAAACGAAAAUAAAAACUGGGUUUUCUUCAUUUAGGGUUCUUCUCAACUGGGUUCUUCUUUUCUUGCUUGUCGGAAUUCAAUUCUGCAAUUUAUAAAGCUUACAUUUCUUGGUUCUUCAACUGGGCAUAAAUAUAAUGAAUUGCAGAAAAGGAAUUUUAUUGCAGCUCAUUUUCCCAAUAUUAUUGGGUUUUGUUUCUGCUGAUUUAUCUCCUCCCAUUAUUGUUUCAGAAUCGAUGUUAAUGAAACCUAGGCACUCAAAUCUUCUCAAAGAUGCUCUUACUAGUGAACCUUCAAAUGGCGAGCCUUCUGAGCUUUGGUCCCCUUUACCAGAUCAAGGGUGGAGACCUUGUGGAGAAAAUGCGAGACCCGCAAAACCGACUAAUUCAUCUGGGUACCUCCAAGUAUUUCUUGAUGGAGGUUUAAACCAACAACGCAUGGGGAUUUGUGAUGCAGUUGCUGUUGCAAAGAUCUUGAAUGCAACAUUGGUGAUCCCCCUACUUGAAGUGAAUCCUGUUUGGAAGGACUCGAGCUCAUUUGAAGAUAUUUUUGAUGUGGAUCACUUUAUUGAUGUGUUGAAGGAUGACAUUAACAUAGUUAAAGAUCUACCAUUUGAGUAUGCAUGGAGUACCAGGGAGUUCUAUGCCACCGCUAUUCGUGAAACCCGAGUUAAAACUGCACCUGUGCAUGCUUCAGAUCAUUGGUAUAUCGAAAAUGUUUUGCCAAUACUGCAAAGCUAUGGGAUUGCUGCUAUUUCUCCAUUUUCACAUCGUCUAGCUUUUGACAACAUGCCCGAAGACAUCCAACGCCUACGCUGUAAAGUAAAUUUUCAGGCGUUAACGUUUGUCCCACACAUCAGAGCACUUGGUGAUGCGCUCGUGAGUCGGCUCCAAUAUCCAUUUUCUAGAAGUGAACCUGAUCACGGAUUACUUCACCAGUAUACUUACAAGAAACGAGAGCCCCAAAAGUUUGUUGUUCUACACCUUCGAUUUGAUAAAGAUAUGGCCGCCCAUUCGGCCUGCGAUUUUGGUGGUGGUAAAGCUGAAAAGUUGGCUCUAGCUAAGUAUCGGCAAGCAAUGUGGCAAGGAAGAGUUUUGAACUCUCAGUUUACCGAUGAGGAGUUGAGAAGUCAAGGUCGUUGCCCAAUGACCCCCGAAGAAGUUGGACUACUUCUGGCUGCUCUGGGGUUUGAUAACAGUACACGUUUAUAUCUUGCCUCGCACAAGGUAUAUGGUGGGAAAGCUAGGUUAGAGACUUUACGGAGACUAUUUCCCUUAAUGGAAGAUAAAAAAAGUCUGGCUUCUCCAUAUGAGCGUGCACGUAUCAAAGGGAAGGCGUCCUUGCUUGCAGCUCUAGAUUAUUAUGUGAGCAUGCAUAGUGACAUUUUCGUUUCUGCUUCUCCGGGAAACAUGCAUAAUGCACUAGUUGGACACCGAACAUACGAAAGUUUGAAGACUGUAAGACCGAACAUGGGUUUGUUAGGUCAGCUCUUUUUGGAUAAAAACAUGGGUUGGGUCGAUUUCAGACAAGCAGUUGUCGAGGGACACCAUUACAGACAUGGUCAGCUACGAAUGCGAAAACCGAAGCAAUCUAUCUACACAUACCCUGCUCCGGAUUGUAUGUGUCGUCCAUGAAGUUUGUUCAUAAAUGGUUUUUUAGGAGUUUGUUUUUCUAUAUAUAUAUAUAUAUAUAUAUAUAUAUAUAUAUAUAUAUAUAUAUAUAGUCUCAUCUAUUAUCAUUUUUGUGGGUUUUUGUAUGCAUCCCAAUAAAACACAAGCCCGAUUAUUUUACUUGUAAAUUAUGCAUAUUUAUUGAGCAUGUUAAAUUUGGAAAGCCAGGUUUAUAGUUUUGUAUGAUAUAGAAUUAAUGAAUGACAGAGAUAUAAGUUUAGCUUGAUCCAAUGUGAUUUAUAUGGUCUUGUGAUUGUGAGUUGAGAAAAUGGGUACAUAAAAUAAAGCCACCUCUGAAUGUUGUAGCAGCGAGAAUUAGUAGGUAGUAUUGUCAUAAAUUUGU